UAGAGAGCGCUAAACUACAAUAGUGCUUCAUUUCUUUCUAAUUACUGCAAUUUAUAGAGUUCACUAGAUAUCAAGUUUCACUAUUUCAAUUUAAUGAGCUGAAAUUUGUAGAGUGCACUAAAAUAUAGUAGUGUUUUUUUGUUCCCAAUUGACUGCAAUUUAUAGAGUUCAUCAAACAUAAUUGUUACUAUAAAUAUCAUCAGCUGUUUUUGAUUUUGAGUAGACUAUAUAAUUAUGAUAGUAAAAUGGAAUCGAGCAUUGAGUGGAGAUCACUGAUUAGGAUGCAAAAGCACGUAUACACAAAAAGCAAACAUACAGAUAAUGACAGUCUAAAAAUGAGAGCUCAGAAAUAGAUGUUAAUGAGUCUUCUCUUGACGAGCACAAUUCGAUCCGCUCACUUCUCAUUCGGAAGAAAUAUAACGUUAUCACCGCAAACUAUGAUACUAUCUCAUUAAAAACUCGUUUUGUGUUCAACUAAAAUCGUUCUUAGUUCGUUCAAAAUCGACGACCCUUGCUCGUGCACUAUAAGUAUUAAUUUAUUAAUAACAAAAGAAAAAAAACAGACAGUACAUUCUACUUUAGACUUCCGUUAAAACUCUUCUGCGCUAGAUUCAAAGAAAAACUUAAAUUCAACUAAAACCUGAAGUCCUCUACAAAUUAUAGCAAUAGUACUAAAUUAAAAAAAAAUCUCUCUGAUCAAAAAACUUACGUCCUCUACAAAUUGCACGAAAUAUCAAAAACUCUGUGUUAUCAGAAACUUGUGCCCUCUACAAAUUGCAGCAACUAUCAGAAUCUUAAACAGCUUUUAUUGUCAAGAAACUAACAACCUCUACAAAUUGCAGCAUGCUUUGUAAAAAAAAGAUCAUUUUUUAUAAAAAAAUCUUUUAAAACAAUUUAUUUUCAAUAUUCAUUCAUAGUAAUCGAAUUUUUAAAAGUUAAGUAUGAAUUUUAAUCGUUUUACCAAAAUGGCAUGGCUGUAUCUCUCAGUACAUGCCUAUCAAAACUCUUUAACAAGACCUAUAUCAUUUUUUACGAAUGCCUUGAUAACUACAGCGAGACAUGUCAUAAUAUUCACAUGCUGAGUAACGACGAGUUAGAAGCUACGAUUUCCAGCAAAAUAGAUACUCGACUCGUUACAUUAUAUUGACUCCAAUUCAUUAAUAUAGUGGCAUUUGAGUACGAGAAAUUCAUGAAGUGAGUAUUCGAAUAUUUAUGUUGUAAACCACGAUAUACGAGUUAUAGAUAUUAUAACAUUCUUCGUCACAAUUAUUUUAUAUAGAAUCAAAAUAAUCAUUUCAAUUUACAAAGGUUGGUUGCUUUGCUUGAAGACUAAAAUAUUUAGAUUAUCGGUACUUUCCUGUUAUCAUAUGGUUCGAAGUUUGCUUUUGAAACUUUUAGUCAAUAAACAUAAAAAGAAUGUGGCAAAAUAACAUCAAAGUUCAAGAUUAAUCUUUUAAACUGCCAGUGACUUAUCCUUAAGCAAGUUAUAUAUUAUAGCUGGAUAUAUAUGAGUAUCAAGUUUAAAAGUCAUUCGAUAGACAUUUUAUAUAGCAUCAUGGGGAUGAUGAUGAUAGUGCUAAGCAAUUCCAAAGAAAAUGUUUUAAACUUAACUGUCGAAAAUAUAAUGAUCUAUCGAAGUAUGAAUCAGUUAUUCCUUAAUCGUUAGUAUUUUUCUUAUAGUUCAAUUCUUUUAAGUAAAAACAAUUUACAAUCAUUCGUUUUCGUUGUAGACUUCAAAUAUCAUUUGAAGUUCAUCUCUACCAAUUAGUAUUUGCAAAGACGAUCUGAUAACACAAAAAGUAAUUAGAAUGUUAGAAAAAGAGAUAAAUCAUAUGAAAAAUUUGUUUUCCAUUCAUUUAGACUGAUGUUAUUGUUGUAAACUCGUCGUCAAAAUAUUUAUUUGAUAGUAUAUGUGAAGCCGGUGGAGACUUUGUAUUAGCUUCAUACAAAGCACAACUUAAUAAACGGCCUGAAGUUUCAGUUAUUACCGUUAAAGCUGAUGGACGACUUGCAUUAAAAAGAAUUUACUUUCUCGAAUGGAAAACAAAUACUGAUACAUCGAUUCUUUGUAAAUCCAUUGAAAAAUUUGCUUCGGAUGCAUUAGAAAAAGCAGUGCAGGAAAAGUGUCGAACUAUUGCAUUUCCAGCUAUUAAAUGUGGAUUCUUAACAGAUGCAAUAAUAAAAGCAGCUGGAGAAAAAAUCCAAAAAGUGUACGAUAAUGAAUUAGAAAACCAUCCAAAUUCUGUGUUAAUUGCAACACCACCAGGAGCUCUAACCUGCAAACAAAUAUUUAUCGUAAAAUGGGAUUCUGAUCCUGAUGAAGAAAUACUUCGACAAUCUCUUGUUGAUCUCAUGUAUACUGUUGUACAAAAUGUUAAAUCACAUAACUUUACAUCAAUUGCAUUUCCAGCCAUUGGAUGUGGAAAACAUGGCUGUUCAAUAAAUAUUGUAGUUAAAACAAUGGUUCUAGAAAUGAAAAGACAUCUUAUUACGAGAAAUUUAUCUUGGACAAUGAAAUUUGUUGUGGAACCUGAUCAAGAAAAUAUUUAUGAUGAAUUUAGUAAACAAGUAUUAACAAUACAGGAUGGUAAAACAAAAGUUUUCUCUAUUAAUGAAAUAUAA